AUGGAAGUGAACCGAACGGCUCUUCAAGAGGUGUCCGAAAUCGAGAAAAACCUAUUACUCGGCUCUUAUAUCGUCGCCGAAGACAUGGAUCAAGUGAAACGUCUGGACAUUAAACACAUCCUUAGCGUAGAUAUCGUUCCGUUGGAAGACAUGGAUAAACAUCCGGACAUCUCUUACCUCUUCAUACAAGCCUCAGACAAUCCAAUGCAAGAUCUGAUCACUAGAUUUGAAGAGUGCUAUCAUUUCAUAGACGACGGCCUGAAGAGUGGUCACAAAGUUCUGGUCCAUUGCGUGGCCGGAGUGUCCAGGAGUUCAACAAUUGUCAUCUCGUAUCUCAUGGUUAAGCAUAGGAUGUCUUUCGAGGCGGCGAUGGCUUUGGCGAAGAGUAAGCGCUCAAUUGUUUGCCCGAAUGAUGGCUUUCGUAAGCAAUUGAAACUCUUUGAGACAAUGAAUCGACAAUUGGAUCCAAUGAAUGGACAAUUCAGACAAUUACUUGUCGAGCACUUGAGGUAUGAGAUGAUGAGGACUCGACCGUGGAUUCGGGACUUUGACGCCGAGACUUCAAACGGCAAUAUUUGUGAGCCUUUAAGCGAUUAUUUCAAGAAAUGGCGAGAAUUGUCAGCAAAACACUCGUCCACUCAAAGACGCGAAGACGUCUACAAAUGCAAGAAAUGUCGGAUCUAUUUGUUUAAUGAGAUUAAUGUGAUUAAGGGAUCAAUUAGUGGUGAUUCUCAGCCACUAUGCGAGUCCUUAUACGUGGAACCACUGACUUGGAUGACAGAGUCGAUCAGUCAUCAGGAGAGCGGAGCAAUCAAUUGUCAGAACUGUUUCACUAAAUUAGGAUAUUUUCAUUGGAAUCAAAUCCCCUGUGAAUGCAAUCAACACAAGAACUCCAACGCCUUGUCCUUCAAGAUCGACAUUAAAAGAGUGGAUUCGCCUCUAAUUCUCGUUUCAUUCAAUACUUAA